CAGCCGAGUGCUCACUGCACGCUGCACUGCUCCACAGCAUCACUGGCCCCGUGUGUGUGUGUGUGUGUGUCUCUAACCCUCCAGUGCUGUUCGUCUAGACGUUCAGGAUGUGUGACGAGUGGCCUGUGCUGUAAACAAACAUCAACACACUCCGGCACUCCCACUGCAAGACUCCUGGUCAGACUCGGCAGCGGCUCUGGGAUGUCUUCCCCAGGAUCCGCCAGCGGCAGCAAGAGGAAUUCCUACAAGAUGACUUUCACUGAAGAAACGAAUAUUAUGGAUGGAUUUAUUUCUUACAAACACACAGCUUUUAACUUCACGAGAUGUUGACUGACGGACUGUGUGGUGUGGAUUACUUGUGGAUGUGGAUACUUCUUGUGAUGUUUUAUCAGCUGUUUGCACUCUUAUUCUGAUGGCACCCAUUCACUCCAGAGGAUCCAAUGGUGAGCAAGUGAUGUAAUGCUAAACUUCUCCAAAUGCAUUCCAAUGAAUAAACAAGCUCAUCUACAUCUUGGAUGGCCUGAGGCGGAGCUGGAGCUGGAGCAUGCUCAGAGAGUACCGGAGGCAGAACCUGUCCAGCCGCAGGUAAAACUAAAGGACAGGCAAAAGUUUUUUGAGGAGGCUUUUCAGCAGGACAUGGAGCACUACCUGUCCACAGGAUACCUACAGAUUGCAGAGAGAAGAGAGACAAUAGGAAGCAUGUCAUCAAUGGAGGUGAAUGUGGACAUGCUGGAGCAAAUGGACCUGAUGGACAUGUCUGACCACGAGGCGUUGGACGUCUUUCUCAACUCUGGUGGUGAAGACAACAGUGUGGCCUCACCGAUGCUGGGUCCUGACGUGGAGUCGUUCACCUCCGAGAUCACUCUUCAGGUGCCCACGCAGGCCGACCUGAGACACAAGCUGGCGUCGCUGUCCUCCACCUGCACGGACUCAGCCAGCCAGGACACGGAGGCGGGGGAAGAGGAGGAGGACGACGACAAUGAAGAUGAUGAGAGGGGACCAGCAGCCAUCCGCAGUGCCCCGCUUGUCCAGCCAGAUCAGGAAGAGGUCGAGGAGGAUGCCACGUUACCCGAAAGAGAACAAAACCAGCCAAUCAAGAACUGUGAGAGCAGCAGCUCGUCCUGAAAUCGCAGAGGAUGAACGACAGACUGUAAGAGGAAGUGAGGAAGUGAUGUAGUUAGCGGUGUGCUAUGCACUUGCGUCCAAAGGAAGAGUGUGCACUGGUGUUUUAUGAAACCCUUUUGGUUUUUGUAAAGAAGUUCUUUGUUGUGUGCUGUGAAGUAUAAGCCCGAUCCUGUGCCUGCCCUCCAAAUCAAUAAACAUCUUUUAUUCUGUUGGACGUUCACUGCAUAUAGCUGCUCUGCUGUUUGCCCCUCUGUGCCAUUGUUGUCAGUUACAGUGUUAUAAAAUACAUAAUUAUCUAAUUAUAUUACUUUCACUCUACAAACUUGUUUGAUCGGUUUUGUAUC